GGAAGAAUAGAUUUAGCUUGGAACUCUAACUGCGAUGGAGCAACCGGAAGACGCUGGGGUUUGAUGCCAAAGGCCUCUGGCAGAGGGAAUGCGUUCCAAGAGGCUGGGCAUGUUUGGCUCUCGGGAGUCAAGGAUGCAUUGAUGCUACAUCAAUGUAUCUACUUUUUGGCUCGUUCUGAGACUAUCAGAUUUAGGACGCUGCAAUGUUUUGUACUCAAUGGAGUGAUUUUCUUGGGCAGUAUUUUGCUCUUCAAUUUCGCUGUGGAGCCGGCCCUGAAUGUAUUGAAGCGUUUGGUGCAGGGCUCCGAGGGGAAAUAUGAUUUGAAGAAGGAGGAAGAAGCGUGGGCAACUGACUUUAUUGCAACUUCCUUUUCUGUUCUCUACAAGGUUUUCUGGAUAUACCCGAUCUACUGCAUUUCGUUUGUGCUGAACACUGUUAUGUACCAAGAGAUCGCAGACAGUGCCCUGGGAUUUCUGCAGCGUGCUCCUGUCAAGAGCACUCCCCAUUUAGAACGCUUGAUUCAAGAGACAUGGCGUGUUUUGGUCAACCUUGUCUACUUGCUUGAGAUGUACUUGCUUUCCUACAUCCCUGUCAUUGGCCCGUUCCUGUACUUUGUGCACUCUUGCUGGAUGGCCUCCAUCUAUUGCUUCGAGUACGGCUGGGUGCAUCAGCGCUGGUCAGCAAAUGCGCGAGUGGAUUACUUCGAGCGCCACUGGCUCUACUUCUCGGGCUUCGGAUUUCCAGUCUCUUUUGUUAGCUAUUUCUGUCCUCGAUUUAUCGAUGCCGGUGUUUUUGCGUUGUUUUUCCCCCUCUUCGUGCUGACGGCAACUAGAGCAGAGCCAAAAGCACUUCAGGAAUGCCCAAAGCAGCUGCAGAGACUGCCGCUCUUCUUUAUCGUUCAGGGUGUGUCCUGCUUUCUGGUUCGUCUUUUUGAGGGCCGCUCCAGAGGCGCAAAAGUCAAAUAAAGGUGUGCUGAAGCGUGUAGGGUGUCAACCUACCAGCUCCAGCCCUAAGGGCUGACAAAUUUGGCCUUUUGACCUAAGCUACAAAGCCGCAUUGGCCGCAUUGGGCAUCGAGAUGCGAAAGAUGACAAAGAUCGACUAAGCGUCUCACGAUUUGGUGCGGCAGGAGUUGCCUUUGAUCAUUCCCGUGUGCUAGCACACCUUGUGCAUGUACAGAAGGAACUUUAGCACACCGAGUUGGCCACCGCUGUUUGAACAAUGUUUGAGUUGCUUCGCUGCUCACGUGGCUGGCCUUGGUGAGGCCAAAAACAAGGGUUCAGCGUCCG